GAGGAGACGGGCCGCGGAGCGGUUCCGGGGCAGGUGUCGCCGGCAGCGGCGGUUGCCCGGGGGAUGAGCUCGGAGAAGGGGAACGUGUCGCGCACGCGGCCCCAGCGCUACCAGAACGCGCGCGCCUUCAGGAACGACAAGUACGACACCAGCGCCCGCCGCAAGAAAAUAAAUGCUAAGCUUCAUGAUGGAGUGUGUCAGCAUUGCAAAGGUAUCUUGGAGUGGCGGGUAAAAUUCAGCAAGUACAAACUACUAUCAAAACCUAAAAAAUGUGUGAAGUGUCUCCAGAAGACUGUAAAAGAUCCUUACCAUAUUAUUUGUCGACCAUGUGCUGGUAAACUAGAAGUUUGUGCUAAAUGUGGAAAAGAAGAAGAAAUAGUAAUUCCGAUUGAUAAAGGACAAGACAGAACUGAGGGUGUGACUACUAAAAACGGCCAAGAGAGCAGUGGAUUGGAGGAUGAGCUGGAUUUUGAUACAAAUGUCAGUAGUACAGGCAGUGGUGAAGAUUCUGAUGUGCUUGAAGAACGAUUUAAAAGUAUGAAUUUUGAAAGGACAGCGAUCUAAAAGGUUGAGUUUAUAUGAGAGACUACACGUAUUUAAAAGUGGUGAACCAAUGUUUGCCUUAAAAUGCUCUGAAAACGUGUUUUGACACCUAAGGUCCUUGCAUAUAAAUGUUGGCACUGUGUAUUAUGAAGCUUUUGUGGGGUUUUGUAUAAAUAAAUAUUUUUUUGUAUUAAGAGCAGAAUUUCUUGUGGAAAGAUUCAGAAAUUGAAUCUUUAAGCAUAGUUACUUCUUGCAUACAUGUAACAACUUCCUGUUUCUCUGGAGUAAAGCCCCUUUUUCUAAUUGUUCCAAAUUCAAUGUUAUGCGACUGUUGUAUUGCCACUUGGAAAGCUACAUGAAAGUCUAGAAUGAAUACAGAGUCUUGUCAUAAAAAGGAAGAGCUAAACCAACAGUUUGCUGAAGGAAGAACUUGCAACUUCUGUCAGUGAGUUUACAAACAGGGUCGAAAUACCAAAUGUUAAUUACCCUUAUGCCUGUUAUUUCUUUUCUGUGCGAAAAAAGAGGGCCUAAAUGCCAUCACCAGUACAGUUCAUGAGCAGUUAAUGCUUAUUUACCAUAUAGAAGUACGCAUUACAAAUUUGUGACUUUGUUAUUCCCAAUGUUUUGAAAAGAAAAAAACUGAAGACUUUUUAGGUUCUCAUAACAGGUGUCACUUUCUUUUCCUUUGACUGCAGACCUAGUGUAGUUUGCUCAGAUGUGAAAACACUUGUGUAGUGUAGUGAUGCUUAUAUAGUUACUCUCUUCCUACUUUCAGUUCUUUCUGGGGGUUAUUUCAAUGUAGAUUUAAGCUCUGGGAAGAACUUAACUGAAUUUGCAGUUAACUAUCUUUUGUGGGGCUCAGGAUGGUUUGAUUUCUUCUGUACUGUAUGCUACCUCUAUAAAUAAAGCUGAAGAAGUA